ACCUCUAUAUAAACCACUCUUAAUGCUCAUUUCUUUUCAUCAAAAGCUUUUAGUUUUCUAUAUCACUCUCAACUUUACUCCUCUUCAAUCAGUUGCAUAUUCUUUGCUAUUCCAAUGGCCACUGUUGAGGUUGUGUCAGCCAAGGUUGCCCUCCCAGAGGACACAAAAGAGGCAUCAUUGAAGGUUGACGAGGAGAAGAACACAGAAGAAGUUGUUGAGACUCCAACACCAGAAACUGUGGUCACUGAGCAAACCAAGGAGGAAAGUACUGAGGCCCCACGACCUGCAGCUUCAGAAGACAAGCCCUCGGUUGAAGUUCAGACUAAAGAGGUGGCAGAGGAAGUUGUGUCUGAGACCAUCACACAAGAGCCAACAGUUGAGAAGCAAGAAGCUGCUGAGGGAACAAAAGAAAAUGCCGAUCCUGCUGAGAUUAAGACACCAGAAGCUGCAGAAGAUGUUAAUAUUAAGGAAGAGAAAGAAGCUGAGGCUGAGGCUGAAGCUAAGGAGGAAGAGGCCCCGGCAGAGAAAAGUGAGGAGAAGGUUGAGACAGAAGGGUCAGCUGAAAAGAAAGAGGAGGAAGUGAUUGAAGAAGCUGAGGCUGAGAAGAAGGAGGAGGUCACAGUCACGGACACAGAGGCUCCAACAGAGUAAAAGAACGUGAAGAGGGGAAAUGUGCAGUUUAAGUGAGUGUUUGAGAGGGUAUUUUUUUCUUAGUUGCAUCGUGUCUUGUUGCUCCAUGCAUGUCUUUUCUUUGUUUAGUGGUCUAAUAAAAAGUCUAGCUAGGGAAGGGAUGAGUGAUGCGAAUGCCAACCACUCAGUACAAGAACCACAUGGCAUGUAGUCUUUCAAUCUGAUCUAUGGGGUGUGCAUGGCUAGCUCUCCAUCCAAUGAAUUAUGUUAUGGUCCUUUGUGUGAUUCGAUCUGCAUGCACGGUAACUUUCUUUGUUCAAAUAAAUAUAUAUGUAGAUUAUUAGUAUCUUAUAUCAUAUAUGAUUUGUGUUC